AUGACAGAUCGAGUAGCCAAACCGAGAGCGCGAAAGAAAAAGCCUGUCACUCUACCGCCCAAUGCAAAUGUUCAACUUGAUGAUCAAUUAUUCUCCUCCUCAAAAGAUCCAAUCCGUGUCAAAUCCGAACCCCCAGAAAGAGAUGGCGAACUGUUCAACGUGCAUGUACCCUUCCCAACAUCCCCAAGAACAACAGCAUGGUCAAUCGAUGCACAAAAAGCCGUUGUCGCGAUACGCUACCAGUACAAACCGCCUUCUUUGUACCAGCCAGUCAAGGUUCAAACUGACGCCCUUGACAUGGCCUUUCUAUCGCACUUCGUCGAGCUGAACAGGGGCGUGAGCUCCUACAGUCCCGAGAUCCCAUGGCUAACCUACCUCCCGGUCGCAAACACCAUAGCCACAAAGGCAACGAUGAAGUUUGCGAUCCGCGCCGCCUCCAUGGCCUUUUACGCAAUACACCACCACGAUCCAAGCAUCCUCGUAGACUCGUAUCGAUGGUACAACGUGAGCCUCAGCACGCAGAGAUUGUCGCUCGCGAGACUGACGGGCGAAAGCAUCCCGGACGAAGAGCAGAUCCUUGCCCCUAUCGUUCUUGCUCUGUACGAAGUUUACGUCGGUACGACUAGUAGCAGCGUCAUGCACCAUCUUGCUGCCGCGGCGGAGCUGAUCAAGAUGCGCGGGCCAACAAACUGCAGCUCGGGUGUGAUAUGGCCUCUGUUCAAGGCGAUGCGUGUCUCGGAUGCACAUAAAUCACUAAUCUUCAACGUGCCCUCCACCUUCUGCUCCCCAGAAUGGAUGACGCUCCCAUUCCUCAACAUGCCACGAAACGCACACCAAGACCUUGUCGAAGUCAUCCUGCAUAUCCCACACUGCAUCCGCCUCUGCUACACGCGCGGCGGCAGCCUGCGCACUUUCUUCGCGACUCCCAUCCCCGCACACACAGACCGCCAGCCCUGCCGGACGCGCACGCUCACCAUCCUCGCCGAGCUGCGCGCCUGGGCCGCCAGAUUCCCUCACCUCACGUCCAUCUCGCCUAGCCCGCACGAGAUCACGGCUGAUAUGGCCAGCCUAUGCGUCAACGGCGUCACGGCUACUCAUCCUGACUCCAAAACUCUCGUCGUGCCUCAUAGCUUCCUUGCCCUCACUGCGGCUACCUACCAGGCUACGCUCAUCACUCUCACACUGCUGCUGCGCAAACUGGACAUGCCCGUUGACCCACUCACACCCCAGUCCCCCGACGUGGACGACGCGGCCAUCGAGCAAGCGACAAAGAGCGCAAAAUCGGUGCUGCAUAUCGCCGCGUCGCUCGAGUCGACACGACCCAUUGGGUUUGACUUUAUGCGCAGUGUGUUCCCGGUCGUGGUUGUGGCCAUACUGGGGCCGGGGGACGAGGAGAUGGUGGCUGCGAGGGAGAUGUUGAAGCGGUGGGGGGAUAGCAGGGGAAUGGGGGGCUUGUGUGGGGCGUGGUUGGAUAUUCGAUGA